AUGGUGCGGGGCAGGGCGCUGUGGAGCUGCUGCCUGCAGCUCGGCGCGCUGCCCUCGGCGGUGUGCUGCGCGGGCGGGAAGCCGCAGCCGUUCGACAGCUCCUGCUGGAGAGCCGCGGAACCGCCGCGGAGGGGGUGGAGCGGCACCAUGGAGGAGGAGGAGGAGGGAGAAGAGGACGGGACCGCUCAGGGGCAGCGGCCCAGGAGUUCUCAAAAAGAUAUGGAUAAGAAAAUAGAAGAGCCUGCUCCAUCUGCAUCCAGCCAGUACCCAAAGGAAGCAGUGAGGAAACAUCACAACUCAGAUCGAGGAUCCAGGGGCAGUGACUCUUCCAGAGCCUCCAGGAAAAGCUUCAGGCUGGACUACAGGCUAGAAGAAGAUGUAACGAAAUCAAAGAGAGGCAAAGAUGGGAGAUUUAUCAACCCAUGGCCAACAUGGAAGUCACCAACCUUGCCCAAUGUUUUGAAAUGGUGCCUCAUGGAAAAAGAUAACAGCAAUGUGCCAUCUUCGAAACAGGAACUUGACAGAGAGCUUCCAGUGUUAAAACCAUACUUUGUUCAAAACCCAGAACUUGUUGGAAAAACAGGAGCUGGUAUGCGAGUCACAUGGUUGGGACAUGCCUCAGUUAUGGUGGAAAUGGAUGAACUGGUAUUUCUCACUGACCCCAUCUUCAGCCAGCGGGCUUCUCCUGUGCAGCUGAUGGGCCCCAAGCGCUUCCGACCACCUCCGUGCACGGUUGACCAGCUCCCCAAAAUAGAUGCUGUUGUCAUCAGCCACACUCACUACGACCAUUUGGACUACAACUCUGUAAAAAGUUUAAACGAACGCUUUGGCAGUGAGCUGCGCUGGUUUGUGCCUCUAGGGCUCUUAGACUGGAUGCAGAGAUGUGGUUGUGAGAAUGUGAUUGAACUGAAUUGGUGGGAAGAGAACUGCGUCCCUGGUCACGAUGCGGUGACUUUUGUCUUUACCCCUUCUCAACACUGGUGCAAAAGGACUGUGACAGAUGACAACAAGGUUCUGUGGGGCAGCUGGUCUGUCUUGGGACCUUGGAAUAGAUUUUUCUUUGCAGGAGACACCGGAUACUGUGUUGCUUUUGAACAGAUAGGUAAAAGAUUUGGACCUUUCGAUCUUGCAGCCAUCCCCAUUGGAGCUUAUGAGCCGAGGUGGUUUAUGAAACAUCAACAUGUGGAUCCUGAAGAAGCAGUAAGAAUCCAUAUUGAUGUUCAAGCGAAGAAGUCUGUAGCAAUUCAUUGGGGAACCUUUGCUUUAGCAAAUGAGUAUUACUUGGAUCCUCCAGUUAAACUGAACGAAGCUCUUGAAAGAUACGGCUUGAAAAAAGAAGACUUCUUUGUCUUAAACCAUGGAGAGUCACAGGACUUGAGUACAAACGAUGGGUCUGAACAGUAAACCAGCAGCAAUUCCUUGUAAGCCUUGUUUGAUUUGAACAAGUAUUUAAUAUUGCAAAUAUUAAUUUGAUGUACUUACAGAGUUGAUUGAGUUAAUUGGAUUUUUAGAUUCCAGGUUUGUCAUUUUCAUAACUUAAGUCCUCAUAGAAAUUUCAUUUUACUGUUGUUUUUGUUUUCAUUUUUCAGUUAUAUUCAUUUUAUUAGUUUAUUUACAAAUUUUGGGAGGUGAUCCAAACACUGUUUAAUAAAUGAGAUAUUGUUUGGAUAUAACUUGCAGUUUCAACUCUUACCUGCACCAGUGAUGAACAUUUUUUGUUUGCUUUUUUUUUUUUUAAACUCUUCAUCUUGCCUCUAGCAGCAAUAAUACCUUCAGAACAGGACAGUCUCAUAAUUAAUGGCUGAUAUUAAUUACUCAUUGUUAUAUCUCACUCGUUAAUCAUUGAUUUUCAAAUUAUGUCCUGUUCCUCGGUAGCUUCACAACACGUUGUAUGGGGCAUCUCCCAAUACAUCUGUGUUAUUAAAGCACAAGCACAGUCAAAUCAUUAUUUUACUGUGUGCUGCUACAUUUUCAUUUACUGGGGAACCACAAAAAUUGAAUUUUAAAACGAUCUAAAGAAAUGUGCCUUUAACAGGGAGAGAGAGCUUCAAUAUUGCAACAUCCAUGUGUAAUGCUUAAUGAUGACCAGAGUAUCUGUGCACUUUCAUUGUUAAUGUUUUUAAGUGAGGCCUGAACAUGUCUAAAAUAAUUUCCUUGUCAAAUAUUGUACAUGAAAUGGAAGAGUCCAUUAGUGGCACUUGUCUUUGCAUCAACUCAGCCAAUUAAAUACUUUUUCUUUUUUAAGUGAAAAGGGCUGUGGUAAUUUUUCUUAUAGCUUCCUUAUAAUCAAGUUGAAUGAGAGACUACAAAACUACUUGGUAUUGUAAUACUUGGCUGAACGUAUCUGUAUCAAAUUGCCAUGCUCAUUUAAAGAAUUAAAGCCUGUUGUUGCCAAAAACAAAAAGUAAUAAUGGUGGUUGUUUUGCUUCAUAACUCAUAAAUACUUUGUGAUUUUUUUAUUUUUUUUUUUUUUUACUUUUGUGUGUUGCAUUUUAUGCUUAUACUUCACCAAGAUCAAUGAAAACAAUAAAUUCCCUGUGAUUUUAA